CAGUGACAUAAACAUAAAAACCUCGGAUAAGUCCGCGCGAGCUGCUCGGAUCCGCGCGGACCUCCGAGUUUUUAAUGUUUUUACCACUGUCCGAUCUCCUACUGUGGGUGGGGGGACCCUCGCGCCUCGCUUCGCCACCCGUCCCCGUGUCGUCGCAUGUUCUGCGCCUCAUCGUCCUCUCUCCUCGUCGGCAUUCACACGGCCGCCUGGCCACGAGGGUGACCAUCAUGGGCAGCGACAUUAUCGUGGCCUGCCGCCCUGAUCAUCAUCGUCAUCGUCACCACCGCCGUCCUCGUUGCAUACACAUGGCGGCCGGGCGCCCCUGACCAUGGCCAUCGACAGCGUCCGCCUGGGCAUCACCGCUGGCCGUGGCCGCCAUCAGCACCGAGCUCAGGAUCUCGCGGUCACGCUCGGCGCUGCUCCCGCGGCCGCGGGCGCCAUGGCUCCCCUCCGCGGCACCGCGCUGCCGGCCUGCGCGGCCAUCUCCCUCGGGCUCUGCCUCCUGCCGGGCGCCUUCGUGGCGCCCGCGCCCUCGGCGCGCCCGGCCGCCUCGGCGGCCACCGCGCGGGGGCGGGUGGCGCGCGCCGCGCGCGGCGGCGGCGAGUACGACGUCAGCGACGCCGACAUCCAGGCGUUCUACGACGAGACCAUCUCGGGCAGCGGCGGCGACCCCCCGAAGGGCACGAUCGCGGCGGAGCUCAUCGUCAAGCACUUCCACGGGGUGUGGGACGAGAGGGGCACGUUCACCCGCUACAGCGGCCAGUGGAAGGGCCCGCCCCCUGGGGGGAUCGGCAAGAGGGACAUUGCCGUCGGCAUCGCGGGCCUCAAGGAGCAGAUGAAGCUGGGCAAGCACGUCGUCAAGGGUGGCCCCGGGAGCGACGAGACUCAGAAGGUGAUUGACGACGGGAAGGGUUGGGUCUGGCUGGCCGCGGACAUGAGCCCUGGCGGCCUGGCGGUGCAGCUGUACACCUCUGUGCCGUAUGGCAAGCGCCCGCUACUGGUCGCCAAGCGCUCCGAGGUGGACACUAUGUUCGAGAAGGUGAAUUGGGAUCUUAUGGACAAGCGCAUUGACACCACCAUGGGCGGGCCCCAGGUGAAGCAGCGGUGAUGCGCAGUCGCCCAGGGGCGACCAGAACCAUCCAGCUCUGCGGGUUUCCCUGGCGGAAGCCCACAUCCUGCAGAGCUCGAGGAGUAGAGUUUCGAUGGUAUCGCCGCUCGGUUUGAGAUUCCAUGCGCUGGAUUAUUGUUUGGCGGCUGCGCUGUGCCCGUGCCUCGCCGCGCCGAUUUUCGGGCAGUAGCGAUCAGCAA